UCUUACACCUAAUCACGGAGAUCUUGCCGGUUUCCGUUUGGAUAAUUUUGCAUACUUUUGCAUGUGUAUUUAAUCCUCAAUUUGAAAAAGGAAAAGUGAAACUUUUUAUAUAUUUUUUUAAUCCUCGUCCGUUAUAACGUUACUUGAAGCGCGUCUGAACUGAAUAUGUAACAAGGGUUUUAGAAGAUUUGCAAAAUAAUUAAAUUAUAUCUUUGAGAAUUCAUAGAUUAAUAAUCUAAAUCCAUUAUUGAUGUGCACAGUCAGGUUAAGUGGCUUCAGUUAGAUGUUUACAUUUAAGUAACUACAUUUAUUCAUAGUUAACAGUCGUUUAUAAUACAAAGGACGUUAUACAAUCCAAUGUUUUUAUUGUUCUGUUUUUUAUUCUUCGUUUUUGUAUACUUUUCGAGUUAAUACGAGUCAAAAUGCUUGGUAAAAUACAACCAAUCGCUAGGCUUAUCUGCCAAAAUAUAACGGGACGUUUUAUCCAUAACCCCUCAGCAAGGAGGACAAUGACGAGUGCUGUUCGGUUCUCCAAAACUGCCAAGGAAUUGCCAAAAGCAGUUGCAUCAAAAGAUUAUAGUGAACCUAAUUCCAGCUGGUCUCAGGAAAUGAUGAGACUAUAUGAAGAGUACAUUGAGAAGACGAAAGAUGGCUCUUGGAAGAAAUUCCCAAGUUAUAACCGAUUUCUUUUAUUAAAUGAAGAUGGGCAUUUUAUAGACAAAUUUCCACCAUCUAAAGCAAGACUGUUUACAAGAAACACUGAAGAGGAGGGUACCAUGUUUGAAUAUGUAGUCUUUGCAAAUAAAGUUGAAAAGAAAGCAGUGGGCCUUUUCCAAUCCGGACACCUGCUUGAGGGGCCUUCAGGUUUUGUUCAUGGGGGAGCAAUUGCCACAAUAGUUGAUGCAGUUGCAGGAACAUUCGCCACAUAUGUUGCAGGCUUUGUCAUGACUGCCAGCCUGAACCUUGACUACAAGAAUCCCAUUCCUUUAGGAAGCACAGUCAUCAUAGAAUGUCAACUUGAGAAAAAGGAAGAAAGGAAGAUAUAUGUAAACACUCGAAUAAUAAGCCAUGAUUGCACUAAAGUGCACACUGAGUCCACAGCUCUGUUUGUGUCUGUUAACCAGAAAAACCCAUACCAUGGCUAAAAUGCCAAAAUUCUUCUGCUCUUAAAUUAUUUCUGUUCUGCACAAUCAUUAAAUAACCCAUCAAUAUCAACAUUAAAAAGUGAAAUACAAAAAUCUGUGAAAGUCAAAGGUUUAUAAGAUAUUUAUGUAACAAAUGAUAUAAUAUAAAUCAAAGUAAGCUGCGUUCAGACUUUACAACAUACUUCCUGUAAACAUCUGUAGUAUUGUGUGACUCUGUCUGUAACAUGCUGCAAAAGUUAUAUUGGAUGCACUACAAUAAAUAUAGUAAAGUUAAACCAUAUAUGUACCAGGAAUGAAGGAUUUGCCAAACUUCAGCAGGAUUAAGAGUCUUAACACCAAGCAUUGAAAGGCAUCAGCAAAGUGACUAUAGUGAUUAGACCUGUUAGAGGACAUCUGUGGAAGUGAGUACACAUGCAUUUGUUUUGUUUCUCUUUAAAAUCAGUCUGAUUUUAUAUGACAACUUUUCAUUUUCUAAUAUGGCAAUGUCUGAUUAAAAGAAAAUGUUUUACAUAGACAUACCUCAUUUGUACUUAACUAAACAUUUUUUCCUCAAUUUUACUGCAGACAAAAUUUAAAGCAGUCUGCAGUUUGUCUUAAACUGGCAACUAAAAGCUGUAUACAUUAAACAGUUACUGUACUUAACAAAUCAGAGAACCACCAUUAGUAAGUGACUUAAGACUAACAUAGUCACAUCAGUAUAAAUAAAUGUGUACCUCAGCCCGAAUUUAAAAAAUUGAAUAGAAAAUUUUUAAAUCUUUACAUUUAGUUAUGUGUUUCUACCUAUGUCACUAUGUACUAUUUUGGUAUUUCUUGACUUGCCAUCUAGCUUUGCUCUUUUAUAUCUAUUUACAUUUGUGGUUGGAUAGCUUGUUGCCCUUGACACAAGACAGAUUUUACAAAUAGAGGCUUUUUUUUGCUGAGGCUUGGCCUGCUCUCCCUGUUGUCAUGCAUAGUGAGACGCACACAUUUCUGUGACCAGAUUUAUACUUCAUAUAGUAAUAUAUGCAAGUACAUACUUUUUGUAGUUAAAUUUGUUGUUAUUUGAACGAGGCAUAUGAGCACUCCAGACCUGUUAAAUUAUCACAUGAAAUAAUAAAAGUGCAACACUCAGACAUGUGUAAUGUGUAAGGACUCUAAUAAAGAUUGCUAAGGAAUUAAACAUUCUGGCCGAUGGAAGCAUAGAGAAUUAUAAGCUUCAAAAAGGACAGAUGACUAUUUAUAACAUUGUUGCAAAAUGGUAAAGUAUGUUGUUUGAGGUGUGCCUAUUCACUGUUUGUCUAGUCAUGAACAGUGUUUCUUAUACACUGACAUUUCCUAGCCUCCAUAGUUCACCAUAGUGCAAACAGUUCCUCCAUGUGAAAUUAACAUUUCUUCACUUUUUCUGAAUAUUGUCAUUUGGCAGACAAAGUUUAUCCUCUGUGAAUUGCAGACUGUCAGGUUUCACUCCUCAGCUAACUUCAUGAGUGAAUUUACUAAGUUGCAAAAAAUAAUAUAAAAAAGUGAAAUUGAGAAAGUAUUAUCACAGGAUAAAUUUAGUUUUUUCGAUGGUUAACUGACAAAUUAGCUUUGUGACCCAAACUUUGUGUGCACCUUAAUAAUCUUCUGUACAGUUUUACAUUCCUCAAAUGGAAACUUGCACCAUACGUUUCAACCCAUAUUUGUGUGAAUGCAUUUCUCCCAAUAGGAAAUAUUCAACUCCUAAAUAUUGUUUCAGAUAACAAGUCAAAAUUUGACUUUCAAUUUAAUCAGUCUAUUUCCUUAUAAAUUAGUAUACUUCCAUGUACUUAAAAUGCUUUGUUCCAUUCAAAAAAGAACAAAUCCUCUGAAUGAAACUUGAUUCAGAUGAAUUGAGGGUUGUGGAAGCAAGAUAUUAAGUGAAAACUCGAACUUGUCCUGAUGUUGUUUUAGUUUACUAUGCAAAUAAAAUAUUUUAAGAAGUAAAACAAGUACAAACUUUCUGUUAUUUAAAUUACUGUACAUGCUGACUA